AUGAAAAAGGGGCGCGCCUCAGCUAAGAAGGAAAGGACUCCCAAGCCAGCUGAGGCUACAGUCGUCAUCGCAGGCCACAAGAGAACCAUUACCGUUGCCGAAGAAGACAGCAAUGAUGAUGGCACAAUUCAACCCAUCAAACGACGCAGAGUGGGCGGCAACAUCAACGCUCACGAUUACCAUGCUGCGAGAGCAAAGUCCAGCCGGUACAGCAGCAUCUUAUCAAGAACAGCCACCCCGGAGUCAGAGCCAGAGCCGGAGCCCGAAAGCCGCACUUGCCCUUUUUUUCGAAUUCCUCUUGAGAUCAGGGAGGAUAUCUACAAGUACAUCUUGGUCGCCGAUGAGCCCAUUCGAGUCCGGCAGGGUUGGUCUGCAGUCUACCCCCGGAACAGACCAGGCAUCCCCACCGACCUCCUCCUAUCGUGCCGUCAGGUCAGAAGGGAGGCGCUCAACACCCUCUACGGCGAGAACACCUUUCUCUACCUCCUCCGCGACGCCGCAGAACCCCCCGCGCUGAACGCGCAGGGCGAGAACGAAAUCGUGGUCCAGCACCCGCUCGCCAAUGACGCCCUCUCCGACUACGAGGCAGACAGCGCAUACGAGUACUCCGAUGACGACGACCGCCUCCCCGCAUCGUCUUCUUCCCUGGGCAACAACUACAAGGGAACCGAGAUCGAUGUCCGCCGCUUCGGUCACAAGUUCCGCAAGCUCAUGAUCGUCGCCGAGCCCAACCGCGCCGAAGCGUCGUACCGCCUCAGCAUGGCCAACGCCAUCAACGUCUUCCGUCUCCUGCGGCCCAUCCGUCCGCGCAUCCACACCCUCACCAUCGACAUCACGCCCCAGCGCGACCCGGGCACGGGUGACCUCUCCUUUCUCGACUUCUUCGAGCGGUCCUCCGAGGUCGUGCGCACGCUCCGCGGCCUGCCAUGCCAGUUCAUCGAGAUUCUCGUCAACACGGGCCGAGGCCAAGAGAAGAUCCGCCUCAACAUGAAGUACGCAGCCAACAUCCGGCGCGCCAAGCGCGGCGAGAAGGACCUGUGGCGGGACGACCAGGUCAUGCAGUCGUACCGCAGCGCCAAGGCGGGCGAGGCGCAGAGGAAGCUCGAGUCUUUGCCGGCUGCGAUUCGCAAGAUUUGGGAGGCCUCGAAUGGGCGGUUCAAGCGCCAGCGGGUGGACUUUGAUGACGAUGAUGAUUGUGAUGACUAUGGGGAGUUUUUUCUUUUUGAGGAUGAUGAUUUCUGA